AUGGCUCCUGAAUAUGCAACAAGAGGUUACUUGACUGAAAAGGCAGACGUUUACAGCUUUGGAGUUGUGGCUUUAGAGAUCGUAAGUGGGAAGAGCAACACGAAUUACAUGCCAAAAGAGGAGUUCCUUUUUCUUCUUGAUUGGGCCUAUGUUCUGCAAGAACAAGGAACUCUUUUAGAGGUUGUGGAUCCUAAUCUUGGUUCCGACUUCAACGAGGCGGAGGCAAUGACAAUGCUUAACUUGGCACUCUUAUGCACCACCACAUCUCCUACUCUCCGGCCACCAAUGUCUUCUGUCAUCAUGAUGCUCGAAGGCAAAAUCCCGGUCGAAGCACCCGUUGCCAGUCGUCGUGGCCCGAAUCACGAGUUCAAGGCCUUUGAGAAG